AAACGCCAUGCGAAAGCGUGUCCGUUCAAUGGCCGAGACCGUCUCCGCCAGGUCAUGACCUUGGUCUCGAAUCAUAUGAUGGUGUCCCUUUCUCCACUUCAUCAUCCUUUAAAACCAAAGCCAUCGGCGCUGCUUUACCUCAAAUGUUCAAUUCGUUCUUCCUCUUUCUCAGUAUUGAUCUAUCUUUAACAUAGUGGGGGAGCUCUUCACCUAAUAGUUCAUUCACCUUGCUCUCCUGGCCUCGUUGUCAAUAUUCUAGAUCUGGUCUCUGGAGAUAACUCUGCAGUACCAAUUGGUGAUUGCUCCAGAACGACAGUAAUAUUGCAUCCCUCCUCCCUCCCGUCACAUUCCUAUUGUAACCAUCACAUUCGCCAAUCACAUCAUGACGCAACACGAAGCACCCGUCACCCCCGCUGGCGAUAGUGCCGCAAAGCCAUAUCUCGGCACUGAAAAGCGACUUCCCGAGUUCAACUUGCGCGGCAAAGUUGUGCUAGUCUCUGGAGCGGCCCGUGGUCUUGGUCUGACACAGGCAGAGGCAUUGUUGGAGGGCGGAGCAACCGUGUACGCCCUCGACCGUCUACCCGAGCCUUCACCAGACUUCCACGUAAUCGCCCAGCGAGCAGAGAAGGAGCUCGGAACAUCUCUGAAAUACUGUCAAGUUGACGUACGGGAUAUUCCCAAUCUCAAUAAGAUUGUGGAGGAUAUUGCAAAUGAGCACGGCAGGCUAGAUGGACUGAUCGCUGCUGCUGGGAUCCAGCAAGAAACUCCUGCUCUAGAAUACACUGCAGAGGAUGCGAAUCGCAUGUUCGAAGUGAACAUUACCGGUGUCUUCAUGACCUCCCAGGCUGUUGCAAAACAGAUGAUCCGGUUUGGAAACGGUGGAAGUAUUGUCCUGAUCGCAAGUAUGUCGGGAACUGUCGCUAAUAGGGGUCUCAUCUGCCCGGCAUACAACGCAUCAAAAGCGGGUGUCAUUCAAUUGGCACGUAACCUGGCUUCGGAAUGGGGCGAGCACAACAUCCGCGUGAACACAAUAUCCCCAGGAUACAUCGUAACGGCCAUGGUUGAAGCAUUGUUCGAAAAGUUCCCGGAACGCAAGACGGAGUGGCCGAAGCAGAACAUGCUCCAGAGGCUUUCUGCUCCAAAGGAAUAUCGUGGCGCAGCUGUCUUCUUGAUAAGUGAUGCUAGCAGUUUUAUGACUGGAUCGGAUUUGCGCAUCGAUGGCGGCCACUCGGCAUGGUAAAGGCUCGUGACACAGAAUGGAAUCGCAAUUUCUUUUUCUAAGUAUCUCAGAUCUUGAGCGUUUUCGAGGACUUUGGGGACCGACGACACGGCCUAUAUUGUGAGAUGUAUUUGUAGAUCGAAUAUU